UUUAGUUUCGGUUUCCUGCUCCGUUAUUCGGCGCAAAAUUCAUUGGCUCAUUCUCGUUUUGAAAGAGACCCGCAAGGGUAUUUAAGAACGUGUUGGGUCCCGAGCGCUUUAAAAAUAUAUAAAAGUGUCCGUUUGGCUUGACCACAUACAGGCAAUGGAUGCCCCAUUGUCCAUUCAUUACGAGCAGGAGGUACGACCAUGCAUUGAUCUCAUUGAUUCUCUGAGAGGAUUUGGCGUGGAUAAGGAUCUCGGACUUCCAGCCAUUGCAGUGUUGGGUGACCAGAGCUCUGGGAAGAGCUCAGUGUUGGAGGCGCUCUCAGGAGUGGCCUUUCCCAGAGGGAGUGGAAUUGUAACAAGAUGCCCACUUGAAUUGAAGUUAAGAAAUAUCAAAAAAGCAAAUGUUUGGCAGGGGAAAAUCAGCUACAGGGGUUAUUCGAACAAACUCAGUAGUGCAGCUGAGGUGGAACAAGAAAUUCUCAAAGCCCAGGACAGUAUUGCAGGGCUGGGAGUGGGAAUCAGCCACGAACUAAUCAGCCUCGAAGUUGAAUCCUCCAAAGUCCCAGACCUGACUCUGAUAGACCUGCCGGGUAUCGCCCGAGUCGCCGUUGGUAACCAGCCCCAAGAUAUCGGAGACCAGAUUAAGAGACUCAUUAAAUCGUUUAUUCUGAAACAAGAGACAAUUAACCUUGUGGUUGUGCCUUGUAACGUCGACAUAGCAACCACAGAAGCACUGAAAAUGGCCCAAGAAGUGGACCCUUCUGGAGACAGAACUUUGGGUAUUUUGACCAAACCUGACCUGGUGGACAAAGGAACAGAGAAGAACGUAGUUGACAUUGUGAAGAACCUGACAGUAGAGCUGGCGAAGGGAUACAUGAUCGUUAAGUGUCGUGGCCAGAACGACAUCAAUGAAAAUAUAUCACUGGUGGAUGCAAUCGCCAAGGAAAAGGCAUUUUUUGAAGACCACGAACAAUUUGGACCACUUUUGGAGGACGGAAAGGCAGGCAUCUCAAAUUUGGCCAUUCGGCUUACAAAGGAACUUGUCAACCACAUUAAUAAAUCAUUGCCUCACUUGCGAAAUGAAAUAGAAACCAAGCUGAACCAGUCGUUGCAAACCCUCAAGAAGUACAGCCACGCAGUCCCCGCUUCUUACUCCGAGCAAAUAACAUUCUUAAUCGAGAAAAUCAACAACUUCUGCAGCCACAUUAAAAAUCUGACCAUGGGGGAGGAACCUCAGGACAAGGUAGAUGGCGUGAGGUACAUCACCAUAGUACGAAAUGAGUUUUGUGAAUGGAACACAUUCCUGAACGACUGUGUAUCAAAAUUCCAAACUCACAUGAAAAAUGUAGUUCUCGAAUAUGAAAACUCAUACCGUGGAAGAGAGCUGCCGGGGUUUGUCAACUACAAUACCUUUGAAUCCUUCAUUAAGGAAGAGGUCUCUACACUGGAAGAUCCAGCUAUUACGAAACUGAAGACAAUCACAGAUAUCACAAGGGAUAUUUUUAUGGUCGUUGCCGAGCAACAUUUCAGUGCCUUUAGUAACCUGUUCAAAGCUGCCAAGGUCAUAAUCGCAAAUAUGAGCAAGAAGCAAGAAACGGAAGCAGAGAAGCUGCUGCAGGCCCAGAUUAAGGUUGAGAGUGUGGUGUAUUCUCAAGACAGUCUCUACAGUGAAAGCCUUUCUAAAGCAAAACCCAAUUCGCCACAACCUCUUGCAAAUGCCAGCAUCCAAGAAAUGUCGUAUCAUCUCCAAGCAUAUUACAAGAUUGUCUCUCAUCGACUGGCUGACCAGAUCCCCAUGGUCAUACGCUACUACAUUUUAAACGAAUUUGCUGACAAACUCCGGAUAGAGAUGCUUCAACUCAUCCAAGACAAGGAUCGCAUCAAUGUUUAUCUAAUGGAAGAUGAAGACACACAGAGGAAGAGAGAUGACCUCAAAUGCAAAAUAGACCGAUUGAGAAAAGCCCAGAAGACAUUGCUUAUAUUUGGUUAAAUGAGCAUUGAACGAAGGUCCUUGAAUACAUAGAAACAGAGAAAAUAGGUGCAGGAGUAGGCCAU